AUAAUUUAAAAAAAGGCGAACUAUAUUUUUUUAAUUUUCUAAUGAAAAAGAUGUUUGAUAUUUUUUUUUCCUCUCUGUGUGACAAUUUUUUGAUGAAAUUUUUUUCGCGUUAAUUAAAUUUGUUCUCUACAUUGUUUAUAUAAUAACAUUUUAUAUUUUUACAUUUUAUAACGCACUUAUAUACCUUCUAUUUAAAUAUAAUUUGGGAUAAUUAUAUUUUUUUGUUAUAAUGGUUUAAAAAAUUAAAAUAAAAAUAUUUAAAAUUGUAUUUUUUAUUCUCAUAUUGUAGGAUAUAAUUUUUUAUAUUUAAAAUUUAAUUUCAAAUAUUAAAAAAGAAGACAAGAAAAAAAAAGUAAAAUUGAAAAAUUUAAGAAAAAUUAAGAAAAAGAGAAAAAAAAAUUGACGUAACAAAACCGUCCGUGAAUAAUUAUUUCAGAAAAAAAAAUAACAUACAUAUAAAAUAGAAGACGUAUUUCUAUUUACCCUACAAAUAUAACAAUAAAAAGACAUAUACAAGUGAUUUUAUGUAAACAAGAAGAAGAAGAAGUAGAAGAAUAAAAUAAAAACAAUUUUAUGUAAAAAUGGCAAGAAUAUAAUAGAAGAAAAUAUUGUAAAAUAAUACCUUAUAGAGUACAGUGUUUGCAAAAUAAUAAUAAAAAUAAAAAUAACAGAAUAAUAAAAACAGAAAAAAAAAUUAGUUAAAAUAUAAAAGUGUAAAACUUCCCUUUAAAACAGUGUCUUCCAUUGAAAAUAUCAGUAAAAAAAAAGCCAUUUAUUAAAUAAUAUAAAAAUAAAAUAAUGACAAUUGAAAAAAAAAUUCCAAAUAUUGCUAACUAUUUUAAAAGAAAAAUAAAAAGUGCAAAAAUAUAACAAGAAACAAAAUUAUAACAGAAUUCGUGAAUUGUUCAAAAAUAUUCUUUAUUGUGUUUUCUUUGUCAAAAAAAAAAAAAAAUGUAAAAAAGGAUAACAGUAUGAAAGAAUAAGAAAAGAAAGGAUCAUAUUAAUGUUGAAAAUAUAAAAGAAGAAUAAAAAGAAAAAAUUAAAAAAUAAGUUCGAAAAUCAAAGUGAUUUUCUUAUAUUUACUUUAUUUACUGUUAUAUUUUACUGUUAUUUAACAAAUUUUUUCUAUUAAAUUUUUUCUUCUUCUUUAAUAUUACUUGAAUCGAGACAACAAAUUAUCAAAAUGGCAUUGAAAGUCGAAGGAAAAAAUGAUGAAAGGUGUCCGAAGAGGAUGUGUUCGAUUAAAGGGUGCUGUUAUUGGCAUUGAUGAUCAAGAAGAUAAUACAUUUACAAUAACAGUUGAUCAUAAAACUUUCCAUUUUCAGGCUCGUGAUGGUGAUGAACGUGAAAAGUGGGUACGAAAAUUAGAAGAUACAAUUAGACGUCAUGCUUAUCGUGGAAGAUUAUGGGAUUAUCAAAGUAGUUAUUAUGGAAGUGAUACUGGUUUAACAAAUCCAUCAGCAACAAAUCAACAAAAAAAAGCUAAUUUAUUACAAUUAUUAGAUAAAAGAGUUAGUGAAGCUGAUGCAUAUCUUCAAUUAAUAAUUGAACAGACCAGCAAAAUUGAUGAAAGAAUUGAAAAUAUAACAGAUCCUGAAGAAAAAGCGAAAUGCAAAUCAUUACAGGAGAGUGCUAGUGCCAUGGUAGAUCAUAUAAAACAUUCAAUAGUUACAUUACAAAUAGCUAAAAAUAUGGCACAUCCUAUUAAUGGUAUUUAUCAGGGACCAUCAACGGUCAGUCCUGAUAGUAAAACAGAAUCAAGUAGUAAUAAUCAUGGUGAUAGUGUUGUAGAUGACGAUAUAGACUUAUUUUUAGAUAUUUUACCGCCACCUGGUAUACCACCAGUACAAUCUGGUAUAGAACUUGGUUCAGAAUGUCUAGAACGAAGAAAAGGAUUAACACCUAUUAUAGCUACUGCUCCAGCAAUAUCAUUAGUUGUACCAGAAACUUCUUAUUCUAGUUCAGAAGGUGAAGAUGAUUUUUAUGAUGCAAAUGAUGAUAUGUUUAAUUAUCAGACGAAUACGCCAAUAAUAAGUGCCACAAGGGGAGUAUCAUUUUCAACUUCUACAACAACAGAACCGACAGUACCACCAGUAACAGAUAUAACAAAUAAAAAUGAAACUGAAUCGGUACCAUCGAAAAAAGAUAAAAAGAAUGAUAUAAAAGGUUCAUCGCAAGAUAGUGAAAAUUCGGAUGCAUUUGCAACUCCGUCCAAAGUAAUAUCAUCAGCAUUAACCGAUGGUCGUCUUGAUUAUGAUGCAUUAUAUGAAGAUGAAGAUGAUACAGAUUUAUCAAUGGAAUCUCAUGGUUCUGUUGUAUCACAUUUAUUAUCACAAGUUAAAAUUGGUAUGGACUUAACAAAAGUGGUCUUACCAACAUUUAUAUUAGAAAGACGUUCAUUAUUAGAAAUGUAUGCAGAUUAUUUUGCACAUCCUGAUUUAUUUUUACGUAUUGUCGAUUUAGAUGAUCCAAAAGAUCGAAUGGUUCAAGUUGUUAGAUGGUAUUUAAGUUCUUAUCAUGCUGGUCGUAAAAGUACUGUUGCUAAGAAACCGUAUAAUCCAAUAUUAGGGGAAAUAUUUAGAUGUCACUGGGAUAUUCCUGGCGAUCCCGAUGAUGAAAUUGUAACUGAUGGGCCAAUACCAUGGUGUAGAAAAGAUCAGUUAACAUUUCUUGCCGAACAAGUAUCACAUCAUCCGCCAAUAUCUGCCUUUUAUGCUGAACAUUAUAAUAAAAAAAUUAGUUUUCUUGCUCAUGUUUGGACCAAAUCAAAAUUUCUUGGUUUAUCAAUUGGUGUACAUAAUAUAGGACAAGGAAUUGUGACAUUAUGUGAUCGUAAUGAAGAAUAUAUAUUAACAUUUCCAAAUGGCUAUGGAAGAUCAAUAUUAACAGUACCUUGGAUUGAAUUAGGAGGAUCUGUAACUAUUAAAUGUCCACAAACUGGUCAUUAUGCUGACGUAGAAUUUUUAACAAAACCAUUUUAUGGUGGUAAAAAGAAUAGGAUUACUGCAGAGAUAUUUAGUCCAAAUGAGAAAAAACCAUUUGUUUCUGUAGCCGGUGAAUGGAGUGGUUUAAUGGAAGCAAAAUGGAAUGAUGGUAGUAGACAUAAACCGGAAGUUUUUAUAGAUGUAAAUGAGAUUAAUAUACAUAAAAAAUUAGUAAGGCCUAUAGCUGAACAAGAAGAUUGUGAAUCUAGGAAAGUUUGGAAAGAAGUUACAGCUGGCCUAAAAUUAAACGAUAUUGAACGGGCUACCAGUGCUAAAUAUUUAGUUGAACAAAAGCAACGUGAAGAAGCUAAAACAAGGAAAGACUGUGAACUCAAUUGGAAUACAAAGUAUUUCAAACCUGUUGGAGAGAACUGGAUAUAUACAAAUCCUCUUAGUCAGAGACUUUAUUUACAAGAAAAAGAAAAUAAAAGAUAGUAAUUUUAAAGUAUUAAAAUAAUUAGUUGUUACGUUUGUUUUUUUUUUUUCCUAAUUCGAUAACACCAUAACUCUUUCAUUAUUUUUAACUUCUUUUCAUAGAAAUUUCAUAUUAUUUUUGAUUGAAAUGCAAAAUUUCUAAAAUUAUUCAUCAUAUUUAAUUUCAUUAUGAAAAUAAUAUUACAUACAAAACAAUUUAUUUUUUGUUCUCAUAUCAAGUUAAGAACAAUUUAAAUUGUUACAAUCAUACACAAAAUAAAAGAAUAAAAAUAUAAUCAUAAAUAUUCCAUUAAAAUAAUAUUUUGAAUAUAAAUAUUACAUAAAAUUAUUUUCAUAAAAAAAGUGAUAAAGAUUGAAAAACAAGAAAAAAAAAACAAAAGAAAAACUCGAAAAAAAUAGAAUUAAAAUAGGAAAUAAAAUUAAUAAAGCAACAGAAUAUUAUAAAACAAAUUUCUAUAAAAUUCAUUAAAAUCUACAUUAAUUCAAAAUAAAAAUUAUACACAUGCAUUGAAUUCAUAAUUACAUACUUACACAAUUUAUAUAGAAUAUGUUAAAAAUAAGCUUAAAAACAAUGCUAUAUUUAAUUAAUAACUAAAUAUAAAAUCCCAUUAAAUUAGGAAUUAUUAAGUAAAGUAAAAAAAAAAAACAAAUACAUAUAUAUAAAUAUACAAAUAAU